GGGGAUGCCUCUGUCAGUCUUCGGCAAUCCUAUGGACUCUUCCCUCCUUUGUUUUCAACCCCGCCGUGGUCUCCCGCCUGUAAAACUGACGUCCAGAGGACAGGCACUCAAGCGUCCUGUGCUCCAGUCACAGCCAUCUCUGUCCUUCCCUGAGGAGCCAGCAAACCCUCAGGAAGAUUUGCUAUCGCUAGGAGAAACUGAGGCAGAAAGGGCAGGCUGCUGUUUUAAGACCGAAGCAUGGAUUUCAGAACCCCUGACCUGCUGGAAAUGUGGCUGGAGCCUCCAGAAGACGUCUUCUCAACAGGAUCCUUCCUGGAGCUGGGACUCCAUGGUCCACCUUCAGAGGUCCCAGUAACUAGGCUACAGGAACAGGGGCUGCAAGGCUGGGAGUCCAGUGGGGGCCAUGGCUGUGGUCUUCAAGAGAGUGAGCCUGAAGAUUUCCUGAAACUUUUCAUUGAUCCUAAUGAAGUGUACUGCUCAGAAGCAUCUCCUGGCAGUGACAGUGGAAUCUCUGAGGAUCCUCGCCAUCCAGACAGUCCCCCUGCCCCCAAGCCACCCAGUUCCCCUGCCCUCUAUGAGGUUGUCUAUGAGGCAGGGACCCUGGAGAGGAUGCAGGGGGAAGCUGGGCCAGCUGUAGGGCUCAUCUCCAUCCAAAUAGGUCAGUGUUCUUUGUGCGAAGCGGACAACGGCCCUUCAGGUCCAGCCCCGACCCUGGGGUUAAGGGAGUUUCCCCAACCUCUGCCACUACCCAGGGCCUGCGGCCAUCCACCUCCUUUCUCCCAGCCACCUAUGUUUCCCUCAGAUCAGUGGAGCCCACCAUUUAUGGUGCCCGAUGCCUGUGUGGUCAGUGAGCCGCCUCCCGAUGCUCAUGCCCACAUCCUGCCCAGAGCAGGCACUGUAAACUCAGUGCCUCCUGCAGCCCUGCUGCCCUGUCAAACCUUGUUCCUGACAGAAGAGGAGAAGCGUCUGCUGGGACAGGAAGGGGUGUCCCUACCCCCUCACCUGCCCCUCACCAAGGCAGAGGAGAGGGUCCUCAAGAAGGUCAGGAGGAAAAUCCGUAACAAGCAGUCAGCUCAGGACAGUCGGCGGCGGAAGAAAGAGUACAUCGAUGGACUAGAGAGCAGGGUGGCUGCCUGUUCUGCACAGAACCAGGAACUACAGAAAAAAGUCCAGGAGCUGGAGAGGCACAACAUCUCCCUGGUGACUCAGCUCCGCCAGCUGCAGAUGCUUAUUGUUCAAACCUCCAACAAAGCUGCCCAGACUAGCACUUGUGUUCUGAUCCUUCUUUUCUCCUUGGCUCUCAUCAUCCUGCCCAGUUUCAGCCCCUUUCAGGGCUUACCAGAAGCUGGGCCUGAGGAUUACCAGCCUCACGGAGUGAUUUCCAGAAACAUCCUGACUCACAAGGACAUGACAGAAAAUCUGGAGAAUCCAGCGGUAGAGUCCAGAUUGGAGGGGCCACCUGGGGCCAAGGGUGUAAAUGGCUCAACAAGGACACUGCUUGAGAAGACAGGAGGGAGGGCAGGCCCCAGCAGGCACAUCAGAACUGUGUUGCAUGCAGAUGAGAUGUGAGCUGUAACACUUCCUGGCCCACUUCCCAAUCACAAUAAGGAAUCCAGGGCUCCGCUGUGGUUCUGCUUCCUCCUGGGGUUCCCACUCAGGGCUCUUUGGCCUCAGGGGUCAGAAUCACAUCAGGAUGCCCUAGAUGUCUGUACUCCAUGGCUCAGUCUGCCUAUGUCAGGGGGCACCUCAAAUACUUUUGUCAUGUAUCUGUGAUUUUAUUUCUUCUUUGGGGAUAGGGUUGAGGGGAAACUGACAUUUUGGCUGAGAAAUAAAUUUUUUU